GAGUUUGGCAGUCUUUUGGCUUUCAUUUCAAAGCUAACAGCACUUCCAGACUAAAGAGAUGGCUCUGCUGAUAGAGCACCAGUUCAGACAGCUGCCGGCUGACAGGCAGGUGGAAACAAGGCCGUUCCUGGAUGCUGUGUCCUAUCUUCCAUCUUUCUUUGACUGCCUUGGCUCUAUUUUUGCACCAAUAAAAGCAGAUCUAUGCAGUAACCUUACAAAAAUUAAGGCCGUUUAUGAUACCAACCCUGGACGCUACAAGACCAUUCAGAUGAUCUUAGAGACAGAGAAGGAAAUGCAUGGAGGUGAAUGGCCUAAAGUCGGAGCAACGUUAGCACUUAUGUGGCUCAAAAGGGGUCUCAGAUUUAUCCAAGUUUUCUUACAGAGCCUGGUGAAUGGGGAAAAGGACGACAGCAAUCCCAACCUCCUACGAGUCAAUAUCACCAAAGCUUAUGAAAUAGCCCUCAGGAAAUAUCAUGGAUGGUUUGUUCAGCAGCUCUUCAAGGCCGCUCUUUACGCUGCUCCCUACAAGUCAGAUUUCCUUAAGGCACUCUCCAAAGGUCGGGAGGUGAAGGAGGAAGAAUGCUUGGAGAAAAUCAGGAAAUUCCUCAUCAACUUCUCUGCCACUGUGGAUGCCGUUUAUGAAAUAUUUAAUAGAAUGAACGCUGAUCUCGACUACAAGGUGUGACGACUGUUACGGGGGAACCACUCAUUUUCAAUGUUGUCCUGUUUUUUUUUAAAUCCUGUUUUAUUAAAAUGAUUUUCUGAGUGCUAUUCUCAUUUCCUCUCAGUAUUUUGUUGAUAAUUUGAAAAAAAAAAGAGUCCACAUUUUGAGGGAUUAAAGGUUCCACAUGAAUUUGCACUAUUUUUUUAUUUUGU